AUGGCUUCAAACCUAAGCCUCACAUCCACCCUCUCACUCGCAGACUCCAAGUACAGAAUCCCCCAAAUUGGGUUCGGCGUCUACCAAUCUCCGCCGUCGACCUGCGUGAACUCCUGCGUCACAGCCAUCAAAGCUGGCUAUCGCCAUAUCGACACCGCACAAUACUACGCCAACGAAACCGAAGUUGGCAAGGCCGUUCGCGACUCUAAAGUCUCCCGUUCUGACCUCUUCAUCACCACUAAAAUUCUCACUCCGGGUAAAGACGUCGAUUCAACGUACAAAUCUAUCGAGGAUAGUGUCAAGAAGCUGGAUGGCGAAGAUGGCUAUGUGGAUCUGUUCCUGAUACACAGUCCCAACGCAGGAAAGGAGAGUAGACGACUGAUGUGGCAGGCGUUGGAGAAGGCCAAAGAAAAUGGCAAGGUCAGGGACAUCGGGGUCAGUAAUUAUGGUGUUGGGCACAUGGAUGAGAUCAAACAGAUUGGGAAGGUGUGGCCUCCAGCUGUCAACCAGAUCGAGCUCCACCCAUGGUGCCAGCAACGUGAGGCUGUCGAGUACUGCAGGAAGAACAACAUCGUCGUCGAAGCCUACUGCCCAAUUGUCCGGAACCAGAAGGCGGAUGACAAGACCCUCAAUGGCAUUGCAAAGAAGCACAAGACGUCGCCGAACCAGGUACUCAUCCGCUACUGCCUCGAGAAGGGCUGGGUGCCGCUCCCGAAGAGCGAUACGCCGGAGAGAAUCGAAAAGAAUGCGGACGUGUAUGGCUUCGAGCUAGAUGACAAGGACAUGAAGAGUUUGGACGGCCUAGACCAGGGCAAAGACGGGGCCAUUGUGCAGGCUGUUAACAAUGCGCCGCAAUAG